GCAGCAGAGGAUUCUGUCAUUCUGUGGACGUCAGAGGAGAGAGAGAGGAGAAGAAGGAAAGCUCGUGCCUUUUCCUUUGCCUGCCUAUAAGCUCAAAAGAAGCAUAGCAUUUCUUUUAGAGAGAGAAAGGGUAAGAGAGAGAGAGGCAGAGGGAGACGGAGACGGGAGAGGGAGUUGGUUGUGUCCGUUGUAUUGCCAGACUUGGUGAUCGAUUGAGGGAAAGGAGGGAGGGAGGGAGGGGGAGAGAGAGGGAGGGAGAUUUGUUUGUUGUCUGCGGCUUCUUGAAACAGAGGAGCCUCGGACAUGGGAGAGUCAUGUGAUUCCGUCUCCGUUGACAUGGAGAAGAUCCAUCUCGGUGGCAAGGAACAUAUCAUUCGAACUGGCCGCGGCUCAGUGUCCGUUAUAGUUUACGGAGAUCAGGACAAGCCUGCACUGAUUACAUAUCCUGAUUUAGCUCUUAACUAUGUGUCCUGUUUCCAAGGGUUGUUCUUUUGUCCUGAGGCGGCUUCGUUGCUUCUACAUAACUUCUGCAUUUACCAUAUAAGCCCUCCUGGACACGAGUUGGGAGCUGCUUCAAUUUGUCCAGAAGAUCCUGUACCAUCUGUUGAUGAUUUAGCAGAUCAAAUCAUCGAGAUUCUAAACUAUUUUGGGCUUGGUGCAGUUAUGUGCAUGGGGGUAACCGCUGGUGCUUACAUCCUAACUUUAUUUGCGAUGAAAUAUAGGGAGCGUGUCCUCGGUUUGAUAUUGAUAUCCCCUCUGUGCAAGGCUCCUUCCUGGACUGAAUGGUUUUACAAUAAGGUGAUCUCAAAUCUGCUAUAUUAUUAUGGCAUGUGCAACUUGCUAAAAGAAUGCUUGCUGCAACGGUAUUUUAGCAAGGAAGUUCGCGGUACGGCAGAGGUCCCCGAAUCUGACAUAGUACAAGCUUGCAGAAGAUUGCUUGACGAGAGGAAAAGCACGAAUAUUUUGAGGUUUCUUCAAGCAAUUAACAGGAGACCUGAUAUUACGGAAGGACUGAAGAGACUGAGAUGCCGGACACUAAUAUUCGUUGGGGAUAGUUCUCCUUUCCAUGCUGAGGCCAUUCACAUGACCUCGAAAUUGGACAGAAGAUACAGUGCCCUAGUCGAGGUCCAGGCCUGUGGAUCGAUGGUGACAGAGGAGCAGCCACACGCGAUGUUGAUCCCAAUGGAGUACUUCAUGAUGGGAUACGGACUAUACAGACCGAGCCAGCUGAGCGGCAGCCCGAGGAGCCCGCUGAGCCCGUCUUGCAUCUCCCCCGAGCUUCUUUCCCCCGAGAGCAUGGGCCUGAAGCUAAAGCCCAUUAAGACUCGCAUCUCCCUCGAAGACUCAGAAUGAUCAUUCGAGGCACUAGGUCGGGAUCGGUCUCACACCAGCGUCUCCCGGUUCAAUGCCUUUAAAAUUACAAAUUCUUUUUACCUUUUCUUUUUUGGUGAUUUUUGAUUGGUUGGAGAAGGUAUAAUGGGAAUGUAGAUAGGUGGAAAGGACCGGGGGGAGAUAUAUACAUACAUAUAUAUAUAUAUAUAUAUAUAUAUAUAUACGUACGUACAUAUAAAGUAGCAAAAUUCAUUCAUUUGUAGUUAAUCAUACAGAGAAGUCAGCGGAGCUCCAUUUGUUGAUGAACUGUAAGUUGACCAAAACAUCCAUUCUUUUAUGAUGAUGACGAGAGGAAUAAUAAUUUGGGAAGGGACUCUCAAUUCUUUCGAUUUA